UAUCAUGGUUUAUUUGGUUACCAGACGAGCCUUUUCAAAAUGGCGGCGUCCAUGAACAAAAUUUUGGACGCUGUUAAAAAGAGUCGUUUCUUGAGGUUUGGCGUCCCUAUGCUGGUAAUUGUUGUUGGGGGAUCAUUUGGACUGAAAGAAUUCCGCACUCUACGUUAUGAAAUCAUUGACAGAAGAAAAACGGUGGAUCUAGAAACUGAUGAGAAAUUGAAUGAAUACAAAAAGAAGGACAAGAUCACUAUUGAAGGAGAAUACAAGAAACUGCAAAAUGAAGAUAUUGAUACCUGGCACAACAUCCGUGGUCCCCGCCCAUGGGAAGACUCCAAGGAAUUUCAGGCUAUGCAACGUGAAAAUACUGAAAAACUGUUGAUAAAGCGAGAUGAUGAGUAGCCGUAACGAAGUGGGCAAAUACGGAAACAACAGCCCAGCGAUUGCGUGUAUUGGAUUCUGUCCGCAGAACAUUAGAAAAACUUGUGAGGACGGAACUGUUUUGCUGUCCAUGUUUGUGAGGCCAUUGUUACCUGGCAAUAGAAGCAACUGUUGUGUAUGUGCCUGGGUGGCAGUCUUGGUCAAGAGUGAAGACAUUCACUCCGCAGGUAGUUCAUCCAUAUCUAUCUAUGUACACUGUACUGCUUGCUGAGAGACCCGUUCUUUCCUUCCAAGGCCUUUGAAACAGAUGUCUGGUUAAUAGGAGUGCCACUAGCAGGUGCAAGAAGUGUAUACAUGUGUCAUUGUGAAGUGACAACUGCUAGAGUAAAAUCGUUGAGAUCAAGGUGUGUGGAAUCCCGUCUGAAAUGAUUGCUUUGUAAAUCUUUUCAAAAUCUAAAAUACACCUUGGGAUUGAAUGACAAACGGUGCAAUUGUUGUAUUUAACUGCAGUCAUUUGCAAAAUUUUGAGACAGUCUGGAAUUUUAUUGGUAUGUUUGUCACUGGGCCUGCAUUAAUUGUCUCAUUAAUUGAUUACUAGAAAUGUUUUUACAGUGGUGCAAAAUAUCAGGGAAGUGCUAUAUUUGUAUACCCAUUCGAAUUCAAUUUGUUGCAAGGGCAGUCUUGUAUGACAUUUUGUCUGUACGGCAGCAUGGGUUAAAAAAAAGCCAGCCUAAGUAAUCAGAACUAAAGGAGGGCA